AUGUCAAUUGGUUUCCUUUUGGAUAGUAAAAAUUCUUCUUCUCUUGGAGGGAAACCAACAUAUCUAACAGUUUCAGAAUACUAUGGGGACAAAAAUCAAAUUCAUAGUGAACUGGCAAACAUACAAAAAUCAUUGCACCAAGAGCAACAAACAUUACGCCAAGAACAACAAACACUGCGCCAAGAGCAAGAAACAUUAAACCAACAACAGGAGUCAUACCGUGACCAGCAAGAGAAGACGAUGAACUUAUUAACCAACCAGCUACAACAAAAGUUUGACCUUAUUGAAAAAAAACUUGCAGCGCAAACAGCCAACAAUGAAACAGAGGUCAUUGCAGCGUUGGAGAAAAAGAACCAAGAACUGGAAAAUAAGUACAAUACAAUUCAGGGAAAGCUGACAGCUAAGGAACAUAUGUACAAUGAAAUAGCAGAAAAUUAUACCAAGCUACAGAAAUCCAUGGCAAAUCUAGAAAAAAAUCUCUUGGAGGUUCAGACUAAGUGUGAUGCAGAAAUUAUUUUUGCUGUAAAUAAAACUCUAGCGCUUGGACUCAAAAUUACUCAACUUGAACAACUUCAAAGCAUCAAGCAAUUGCAAACUCUUCAAACACUACAAAGACAAGUCCAAACAUUCGAUUCCAGGAUAAAUUUAUUAAACAGCCAUGAACAAGCAAGAAACCAAGAUUUUCUAGCUUUAUAUAAUCUAACCACAUCAUCAAAACAUGAACUGGAAAAUAAGAUGAAUAAUCAAUUUCAAACCAUUGAGAAAAAUCAGAACAUGUCUGUAGCAAUGCUUCAACAGAAACAGCUCCAAAAUAUUCAUAUGCUGCACAAUCUGACAUCUGAGUCCAGGAAUGAAAAUGAAAAACUAGCAAACCAUACUAUGAAUGAAAUUGAACAAAUGGGAAUUCACACUUUUUCAACAAAAACUGGAUAA